GUGAGUGGAACUCUUUUUAGAGUGGAGGUGGGUUUGGCGGCUUGACAACACAGAAAACAGACAAAAACACGGGUUUUGAGAUAAUUUCUUCUGAUCAGUAAUCAUCAGCCACCAUGCCCAGUGCUGGGGCGGUUUGUCCUCCACUGAUUGUGCCGGUCAGGCGACAAAUUCCAGGCCUCGCCACCAACAAGAUAGACACCACCACACUAAUAGAAAUCACCACAGAAACACCUGACUGCAAAAUAUAUUUCACAUCAGAUGGGUCAAAACCAACUCCUUUCCAAAGGAAAAUUGGAGGACGUGAAGUGACCUUUAAAUAUACAGCUCCUUUCACUCUAAAAGCAGGGAAACGCACACUCAAAGCUGUUGCUGUAACUAGGGAUGGAGUCCGCGAGAGUGAUGUCAUGUCUAAACAGUUUAUGGUGGAGGAGGCAGGCCGGGCCACCUUGACCGAUACCUCCACAGACUGUUACUCCACCGAGGAAUACACCAGCUUCUUUGAGACCUCGGACAUAGACACAGACACCACCUUCAAAUCAUCCUCCAGUGCCUCCACCCUCAAAAAUAAAAGGAAACCGAAAAAGAGCAAAUCUCCAAGCAGGGCUAAGUCUCCUCUCCGGUCCUCACUGCGCUCCUCAUUGAGGACAUCACAAAACAGGGUCCCAAAGGAGGCAUGGGCCAGCAGCCAGAACUACGAUGACCUCGGUGCAGAAGAUGGACGUCACAGUCCUCCACAGCCCCCAAUGCCGGAGGGACCCUUCAACCCAACCAACUACUCUGGUACACAGAUUAAUGUGUGGGGAGCCCCUCCAGGCUCCUGGCCAGGGAUGAACGCUAACAACGGGGCGGUCACUUUCGGAGUCCCUGUGCAAAACAACCCCUACCCCUCCCAGACUGGCUUCCUCACGGAGAACAUGAUCAAUAACUGUAACCCAGAGAGCCGCCACGUGACUGUGGGAGACAUAAGGCAGAUGAUGAACAAACGACCCAAGGCCAUAGAGGAGCCACCAAGGGAGCCACCAAAAGCCAUCGAGCUCCCCCCAGCCCCAAAGGAGCCAGAACUACAAGCAGUUAGCCCAGGAAAUGGGGACUUCAAAGGCAACAUCAGACACAUAUAUGCCCACAUGUUGGAGUUUGCAAAGGAUAACAGAGAUUUUCGAUUAAGAGUCGCAGAACCAAAAAUUGGAAGAAUGCAUGAAGCCAAAUUGGAAGACGAAGGAGAUUGUUACAGAGUAACAUUAGUGAUGGGAAAACCUGGCGUUCCAAGAGGAUCACUACGCAAACCUCCCAAAGUAGAAACCAAACCCAAGAAGCCCCCAACAUCCCAAUCCUUUGCUGAAAAGAAAAAGACUCCUCCCAAAUCUGACCCUUAUUUUGCAAUGGAAACAGAAGAUCUUCCGGUUGAAGGGACAGUGAAACCUUAUGACAAAUUCAAUGCUGAACAAGAUGCAGAAGUCUUAAGGGGAGCAAUGAAAGGUCUAGGUACGGAUGAAGAUGCCAUUACAAACAUUCUAGCCUACCGCUCCAAUCCCCAGAGGCAGGAGAUAAGGAAGGCAUUUAAAACCAUGUUUGGAAAGGACCUGAUAGAAGAGCUGAAGAGUGAGCUGAGCGGCCAUUACCUCGACGCCUGUAAAGGGUUACUGAUGGCUCCUGUUGAGUUUGAUGCAUACCAACUUCGUAAAGCCAUUAAGGGUCUAGGCACAGAUGAGGAUGUGUUGAUUGAGAUCCUGUGUACCAGGUCCAAUGCCCAGAUCAAAGAAAUCAUUAAAACAUAUAAAACAUUGUUUAACAAGGACCUGGAGAAAGAUAUUAUAGGCGACACAUCAGGACAUCUGAAGCGGUUACUGGUGUCCUUAGUGCAAGCUAGCCGAAGCGACAGCAAGGAGGUGGACCGUAACAAGGCCAAACAAGACGCCAAGGCCUUACUGGAUGCCGGGGAGGGGAAAUGGGGCACUGACGAGUCACGGUUUAACGUCAUUCUCGCUUCACGCAGCUAUCCACAGCUUCGAGCAACGUUUGACGAGUAUGAGAAAAUUUCAAAAAAGAAGAUGGAGGAAGCCUUGAAAAGCGAGAUGUCAGGAGAUCUACUGAGAGGAAUGCUGACUAUCGUCCGAUGUGUGAGGAACAAGGCAGCCCACUUUGCGUACCAGCUCCAGAAGACGAUGAAGGGGAUGGGCACUGACGACGAUACACUGGUGAGGGUGAUGGUGUCGCGGUGUGAAAUUGACAUGGUUCAGAUCAAGGAGGAGUUCCAGAAGAUGACUGGCCAAACGCUGGAACAGUAUAUUGCUGAUGACAUCUCUGGUGAUUACAGGAACGUUAUUCUUGCUCUGGUGGUGGGAGGACCACCCCCAAAUAAUGCCUCCAAAUCUGGUAAAGGUUUUGUGGAAGCUGUGAAAAAUAAAACAGAGGAGGAACUGGAUGAAGAAGUCCGGAUGGAAUCAGAAGAUGUCAAGGAGGAUCCUACUGUGAAGCCUGCGGAGAAUUUCAAUGCGGAGAGUGAUGCUGAGGCGUUAAGGAAAGCAAUGAAAGGAUUCGGAACUGAUGAGCAAACCAUCAUAGAUAUUCUUGGAUACAGAUCAAAUGCACAGAGGCUUGAAAUUGUCAAAACAUACAAAACUAUGUUUGGAAAGGACCUGAUCAAGGACCUGGAGGGGGAGCUGAGUGGGGGGCUGAAGGUUCUGUGUCGCGGUCUCUGUAUGAGUCCUGAACACUUUGAUGCCAUGUGUCUCAACAAAGCCAUCAAGGGCUUGGGAACAGAUGAACAGGUGCUUGUUGAGGUCAUUUGUACAAGAACAAAUGAACAGAUCCGAAAGUUCAAGGAAACAUACAAAAAAUUGUAUGGUAAGGAGCUGGAGGAGGAUGUAGCGGGGGACACCUCUGGUCACUUCAAACGUCUGCUGAUUGGUCUCCUUCAAGCCGACAGAGAUGAGAGCAAAGAAUUUGACAGAAACAAAGCAAAACAAGAUGCCCAGGCAAUCUUUGAGGCCGGAGAAAAGAAGUUGGGAACUGAUGAGUCACGAUUCAAUGUCAUCCUGGUCUCAAGGGGCUAUGCUCAGCUACGAGCCACAUUCCAAGAGUAUGCUAAGCUGGCCAACAAAGACAUUGAGGACUCGCUAAAGAGCGAGAUGUCAGGGGACCUGCUACAGGGAAUGCUGGCCAUUGUUCGCUGUAUUCGGGGCAAGGCCUCCCACUUUGCAAAAGAACUGUACAAAUCAAUGAAGGGUCUCGGAACGGACGACGAUCGUCUCUGUCGGGUCAUCGUCUCUCGAUGUGAAGUGGACAUGGUGCAGAUUAAGGAAGAAUUCCAGAAACAAUACAAGCAGACGCUGGCCAUGUUUAUUGCUGAUGACAUCUCUGGGGAUUACAAGAAUCUAUGCUUAGCCCUGAUUGGAGAAUCUGCUCCCAAGGCAGAAAAGAAGGAGAAGAAAGGUUGGUUUUCAUAGGCUCUCUCUCCUCUUUCCUCAGCGGUGUAUAUUCAUCCCUAGCCUAGCUUUGGAGUCCCAAUUCUUCGGUGCAUAACACUUUCAACAGAGAAAUCCAUAACGUGACCUACCAAUUAUUUAUCUUAGGGCUUUCAUUGUUGUUUUACUAUACACAAAGACUUUGUAUACUUGUAUCUACCUAUGAUUAUGUAGAUAGAUUUUAUUUUACAUUGAGAAAUAUUACACAGGUACAUUUAUCAUUCAUCAAUGUAAUGUUGACGGGUAAAUUGUUGUUAAAUAUAUGAUUUGGAGACAUAUUAAGGUUGUAAUUCAUACCUAUAACAGGACCUUAUGAAUGUACAUGCUUGUAUAUCAUAAUGGCGAGGUUCAGAAGGAUAAAUAUAUGUAUACUUGUAUUAGAUUAUAUGUUGUUGUAUUAGAUUGGAGAUAGAUUUGCUGUUGCAAUGCAUUGGUAUUCAAACGAUAGGAUUUUUACAGUUGAACUAACCAUUUUUAAGACUUAAAUCAGUUAUGUCCUCGAUAGUUUUACAUAAAGAAACUAUAUAUAGUUUUAGUGGCAUUUAGUCAUUGAUGGAAAAUUGUGAUGCAAUAUACUCAAGGUCUUGCUUCUAUUUCUUAAAGCAAAUUAUGGAAUGCAUCAUUGAAAGACAAAGAGAUCUGAUCCAAAUCCAUUGGAUAGUGGAAAUGUAACAACAUAAAACUUCUGUCCGUAGAGCCAAAGCACCAUAGUUUGGUGAAUUUAGUGGGUCUUUUUUUUUAAAAAGAAAGUUAACAAAUAUUUACAAAGCAUUUAAUUUAUUUAAAUGUUGUCUGAACUGUGAUACGCUGUUUAUACAAUAGUAACUGUUUAUAUAACAUAGUUUAUAAUAAAUUAAAAACAAAGCU